AUGAAAACACACAGUGGAUUUGCGGGUGAAUCGUUUGACUAUCAGUCGGGAUGUUUAGUUAGGCGUGCACAUGGUUUUCAUUUUACCUGUUUACCCUUAAAUAACAUCAACGCAAGACAGGCCUAUGUGCUCCGUGUCGCUGGAUUUCCGUCUAGUGGAGAUUAUAGUGUUAGCCGGCGUUGAGAUCUGUCACCGUACUGCAACAUCACUAUGGGUGUGAUCAGUGUGCAGCUGGUGGUUACCAUGGUAAUGGCCAGCGUGAUUCAGAAGAUCAUACCUCACUACUCCUUUGCACGAUGGCUCCUCUGCAGUGGCAGUCUGCGUUGGUACCAGCAUCCCACAGAAGAUGAGUUGAGGGCCUUGGCUGGAAAGCAGCAGAAAGGAGGGAAGAACAAGAAGGACAGAAAACACAAUGGCCACUUGGAAAACAAGCCAAUGACUAUUCCCAAAGACAUUGACCUUCAGUUGGAGACCAAGUGUAUUGCUGAAGUGGACACACUGGCUCUGCACUACUUCCCUGAGUUCCAGUGGCUGGUGGACUUUACGGUGGCAGCCACAGUGGUGUAUCUCAUCACUGAACUGUACUUCUGCGUGGCUGAGCCCAGUGGGGAGAUGAACAUUAGUGUGGUGUGGAGUCUGCUGGUCUUGGCCUUUGUCAUGAAGAUCCUUUUCUCCCUCACGGCUCACUACUUCAGACUAGAGGAGGGCGGUGAGCGAUCCCUCUGCAUAACCUUUGCAGCCUUCUUCUUUGUGAAAGCCAUGGCUAUUCUUAUUGUCACAGAGAACUACCUGGAAUUUGGCCUCGAGACAGGCUUUGCAAAUUUUUCAGAAAGUGCCGUGCAGUUUCUGGAGAACCAAGGCCUUGAGUCCCAGGGCCCCAUAUCCAAACUGACCUUUAAGUUGAGCCUGGCAUUGCUCUGUUCUCUCAUUGGAGCCUUUCUCACCUUCCCCGGCCUGCGAUUGGCCCAGAUGCAUCUUGAUGCCCUCACCCUAAACAACUGCAAAGUCACACAGACUUUGCUGCAUAUCAACUUCUUGGGCCCCUUAAUCAUGGUACUGCUUUGGGUGAAGCCCAUAACAAAGGAUUAUAUAAGUAAUCCCUCAUUUGGGAAAGAUAAUGUGCCUUUAAUGUCUGAAAAGACAUACGACACAUUGCGUCUAUGGGUGAUCCUACUUCUAUGUGUGCUGAGACUAGCCAUGAUGCGGCACCAUCUCCAGGCCUACCUCAACCUGGCCCAAAAAGCUGUCUUGCAGAUGAAGAAGGAAGCUGGACGCAUUAGCACCGUGGACCUCCAAAAGAUGGUUGCACAAGUCUUUUACUACCUAUGUGUAAUAGCUCUACAGUAUGUUGCACCUCUGGUAAUGCUUUUACAUACUACUUUGCUGCUUAAGACAUUGGGGGGAUAUUCCUGGGUGAUUUACCCUGAAGAGAGUUUGCCUUGUCUAACAAAUGAGGACUCUAACCCAGCUGAGGUGGGGCAAGCGGAGAUGCAGGCUUCUCACACUGUGGCCCAGUUAUCAGUUGCUCUUGGGGGACUGAGGACUGUUUUCACCCCCCUACUUUUUAGAGGGCUUCUGUCCUUCAUUACUUGGUGGAUUGCCGCCUGCCUGUUCUCCACCUCAAUCUUCGGCCUUUUCUAUCAUCAGUAUCUGAUGGCCGCAUAGCAUUGGGAGGGAUUGGGGCACCCAAGAGCCUGGACUCUUCUGACUGACCUGUGCAGCACAAAGCCCUACAACAUUCAGUUCUUCUGUGAAAGGCGUCUGCCUUGGACUUCGUUUCUCUUUUGCGGACAAGUAGUUUAACCUAACUAAUAUAAAAAUAGUAAUAUUCUGUCAUAUUCAAUUGAAGCAUUGCUGAUUUUAUAGGGGUUGGUGCCCUUGAACCAGCAGACAUUUUCAAAGGUUUUAAAGUCUUGGCGAACUUUGGGAAAGCAAGAGAUCACACUUGGUCAUACUGUAUUUAAUUUUUUAGAGUUCAAAAUGGAUGAUAUAUGAUUCAAAAGAGCUAAGGGUUUUUAAAGUGUUUUUAAAGUUGUUUUACUUCUCCAGAGUGGAAAUUGCUGGAGGGGAGAUUGUCAUGACUCGUACGUUAAAAGGAUAGUCCGUUAAAAAAUGAACAUUUUCAUUUACUCAACCUCAUGUUUUUCCUAUUUGACUUCACAAUCAACAUUCGCUUUUCAUCUUUAUACCAUAUAAUAAAAGUGAAUGGUGACUGAGGCUGUCAUUCUGCAUAAUAUUUCCUUUUGUGCCCCACAGAAGAAAGUAAGUCAUACGGGACAGCAUGAGGGUAAGUAAAUUACAGAACUUUCAUUUUUGGGUGAACUGCCCAAACAGAGUUUUAGUUGAGUACAAGUACAUUAUGGGGAAUAAUCAGAGUAUGUAUUAAAGGUGUAUUUAUUUGUCCAUUUGUCCAUUUCAGAGGGACUGAAGCCAGCCAUUUCAUAAGAAGCGUUUAGUUUGACUGUAGAAGACUGAGAGCUAAUUUAAGUAUGUGUGUGUGAGUGUGAACGAGUGACGUUUGUGUGUUAACAUCAGUGCCUGCAGGCUCGGAGUGACCCCUGCUGCUUGAGGGUAUAAAUCUAAAAAGGGCAUUUUGAUCAAGUAAAAAAGCUCACUCCCUGUCUAAAGCAGUGGCUUCCCUGUCGUUUAACCAGUCAAAUAAUUCACUUUAAGUUUCGGGUCCAUUGAGAUCAAACAGAUCCUGAAAGCACGUUCUGUGUUUCCGUGCGGAGCCUAUUCAUUUUCUGUAAUAGAUCAAAUAGCAGGAUUGGAAUUGUUUUAUGUGAAGGUGCCAAGUAAGCUUGUAUUCCCCUGUCUCCUGUGUGUGCAAUACUGUACAUCCUGCUGAAAAUCAGAAGCACACACACACAAAGUCGCUCUACAGUGUACAGCAGAACAUGGGGCUAGAUCACACGGAUAAUAUCGUCUAUGUCAAUGUUGAGAGAUUUUGGCAUUGCAGUUCCAAAAUACAGCACAGAAGCAUAUCUGAAGUGUUUUUAAGCUGUUUUAGUUUGUGUUUGUCUGUUGUUGUUAAGUGUUAUCCUACUGUAACCGUCUUUUUGUUUUUUGGAAGGUAUGAAGACAAUGAAUGUAUUCAUCCUGCCUGAUUUUUCAAAUGUAGUUACUGUGUAUUGAUUUUAUGUUGCGAAUGAAUUACAUUACACUUGGGACCCCUAUUAAACAUAGCCAAAUAUGACAUAACCUUGGUGUUUAAAAACUAUCAGUUAAAUUUAUGCUUUAAACGAGUGUCUGUUAUCAUCAACAGCACACCUUACAAUCAAUGCUUGCUAAUAUAGCUUAAAUCAUUUUUUUCUAAACAUUUGAGGGUGGAUAAUUUGUUGAUUAUCGAGAUGUGAUGAUUGAUGGACCUGAAGGGGUUUUCCUUUUAGCUGUAAACAUUCACGACUUUUGACAAUCGUCAGCCGGGCCAUUUUAGUUUUGCACCCACAUGCCGGGUUUAUUCAUUUGCCUUAUUUUGAUUCUCCCCCACUUAUUAAAUCAAAACAAGUGACCAAUAUUGAUUGAAAAUUAAGGUAUUUUCAAUGAGCAUGUCUAAGCAUUUCAAACUCUAAUGGGGAAAAAACUGUAUAUUAGGCUCAGACCUGAUCCGUAUGAAAUUGAGAUGUUCAAAUCACAAAAUGUUUUUUCCCCUUAAAUCUUCAGUAUUCCAAUAGGGAUGUAGCUGGGAUCUUGUUUUAAAAUCCAUGGGCCUAAAUGGAUCUGUUGGUCUUACUUUAAAUGUAUUUUAAGAACUUUAUUUAUUACUUUUCAGUUUGUUUAAUAAAUGAUUAUUAAGGAAAUGUCAUGCCUUUAUUUCUUUUGUCUUAAUUUUCUUUUCGUUCCAUAUUUUUGCAUGUACAUUAUUCUUGUUCUGUCA